GGCACUGUGGUUUGUAUCCAGUUUCAAGCCAUGAGUUACCCAGUAUCAGACCAGCUCUUUGAACCAUGUCGUCUGGGGUCACUGGAUACUGGACUUUCUGGGGCACUGUUUCAGUUUGAGUCUGAGCCUGAGCCUGGGACAGCUGUUUCUUCAUUGAUAUGCUCACAUGCACUGUUCAAUCGGAUUCUGCAUUGAGAUGGACGGCGGCAAAAGUGCGACAUGUGCGCGGAACAAGUUAAAUGACACAUUCAGGAUUAAACUAGAGAACUCCAAGACAGAAGGCUCUUGAGAGCGCUCCGUGUGAUCACAUGAGCCGUGAGCGAAAAUCUUACAAGGAACUCUACGAAGGAACAUAAUGCGGCGCUGAGGCAUCCUCACUUCAUGUACAGGGUGCACAUUUGAAGUUCUGGAUAGCUAGCUUUGCGUGUUGAAAUGCUCGAUACGCGAUCAUUAUUCCAUACAGGUAUAGCCGUCCACUGUACGUUGGGUCUAGUAUCGACAUUCUUCCACAUAGAAGCUUUCAGCUUUCUUUUCACAAUAACUUCCUGUUUGCAUUAUAUGUAUAUGAUUGGCCUGGCUUUUGACCUUCACGCUCCCUAUCGAUGCCUUCACAUCAUAUUGUCCAUAAAGGUUCUUUGUUCACUCAGAUACUUCUUAUAUGUUCCCCAAGCUAGUGUGAAUCUCUGUUGGGCUUUUUCUCACAUUCAGUGCUUUGUCUAUUGAACACUUCUUUUCCCCUCGAAACGCACCUGGUUGCAUUUGGCUGACGUUUGUCACAAUACGGCGAUUUGAUAGCAACAGGAACAGCAGAAAACUGUGGCAUC